AUGACAGUUGCGGUUCUGGCGACCACAACGACCAAGACAAAGCGUCGCGAACCGUUGAGGACGAUUGGAAUGGCUGCUCCAAAGACACAAUCGCGCUCGGUGACCGUGUCCAGUGGGACCGGAAAAGUCAAGGAACGAAGGACUACGCGACUUAGCACAAGUAAACAAGAACUCGAGGAGAGCACAAACAAGUUAGGGAAGCGGCCAGCUGUGAUGUACGAGGAGGAUGCGGAAGGGUUCCAGUUCUCUCUACUACCAUCAAAGAAGCCCAGGCCAUCAAUCGAAGCAGCUCCAGAUCAUCCCCGUUCAGACGCGGAAAAUGCGCCUGCUAAGUCAACACCGAAAAGAGGACGGCCACGGAAAAAGCAAAGGGACGAUGAGAUUCCUUCAAGUGCGGUGCCAGCAAAGGGGAAAAGCGUGGAGCUUCCAAGUAGGAGACCGACGAGGGGGUCUGCAAAGACAAUACAUACAGGACCCGAAUCUCAACCGACAAACAUGAUCCGUUCCACACGAGCCCACGAUAGCCCAGAGCAGCAGCCCGAGACCAAGAAACCGAAGAAAGCAGGGCGGCUACCAAAAGCCAAACAGCAAGUGCAAGUGUCUGAUUCAAAUGGAUAUCAUUCUCCAGCACAACCGCCAGAGGGCACAAAAGUGGCACUUCCGGUAGCCGAUACUCCGGUAAUUCAACGCAAUAAAGAGUUCAGAGGUGGAAAGGGUGAUAAAAGCGACAAAGGGCGACGGCGGAGCAGCUUGGCGUUGCCCCAUCGAGAAGUUGGUACAGCGGAUUUCUACAAGCACAUUGCCGAUGACGGAAUUCCAGAGCCGCGAAGGAUGCGACAACUAUUGAUCUGGUGUGCGACUCGUGCAAUAGGGGAAAAGCCCUCGGGAGGCUCAAACUCGGAUGAUCAAAGUGCGCGCUUAGCAGCCCGUGUGAUUCAAGAGGAGCUUCUUCACGAUUUCUCUAGCAACUCGGAGCUUUCUAACUGGCUCGGCCGUGAAGAUUUGAACCCCCCAGCCGUGGUUGUCAAAAAGCCGAACCCGCGAAACCUGCAAAAUGCAGAAAAGAUCAAAGAGUUGGAGGAGCAUUUACAGAAAUUACACAAAGAAAGACAAUCCCUCAAUGCGCUUCUUCGACAGCCAGCGAUCCCCACAGUUAAGGCUAAACUACAAUCCGACAAGCAGCCAAAAGAUAAACCUUCACGUAAAUCACAACGCGAAGCAAUUGACCCCGUUCUCCUCGACCCCUCACAACAGGCCAUACUGGAAUCUCUCAAUCCCUCUAAUGAACCGGAAGGCGAAUCCUCUACCCCAUCAACCCGACCACCUAUCACCCCAUCUGCCGUCUCUGCUCAAUUAUCGCGCAUCACAUCUGGGCUGGCACCUACGCUUGAUGCCUUCGCAGCGGGUGUGCAUGACAUCGAACUAUACCGCGCCUCCGCAGAUACCGUUUCAUCCCGAAUAUUACGCAUCUGUUCACAGCGACUGGAAGAGCGCGAUGCGCAGAACACGCAACGUCGCCUCGCAAUGGAAGGCAGCGAUGACGAAUAUCCACCACCAACAAGAAUCAAGGAAGAUCUGGGUCUCAUUCUGGGAGCACUUAGUCGAGUGGAGAGACGAUAG